CUAGUUCUCUUUUUGCUCAUUUCCGGUGCUUUCAGACGUGUGCUUUUCGAAACAAAAAUGAAGCCGCAGCCAUCCAAGAAUACUGAUGCGCCCAAGGGCAAAAAGAAGGCUACCGAAAAGCCAAAAACUGCCAAAGGUAAGGCGGCUACCACCACCAGCGCCGCCGCCGCGUCUGGCAAAUCACGUGUGGCAGCCGAUACGCCGGCACCACCACCACCACCGAUGAACUCCAAGAAGGUGGCUAAAGCUCCGGCUGUGGCCUUGAAGAGCCUGCCGAAGAAGGCGGAGGAGAAGACCGAAGAUGCGGUCAAGAAGGCAGCUGGAAAAGGCACUAAGAGACAGGCGGUGUCUUCAUCGGAAUCCUCCAGCAGCGUGGUGUCCAAGAAGCUACGAACCAAUGCUACAACUGAAGCUCAAAAAGGAAAGCCUGGUACAAAGGAGGCGACUCCAAUUGUUGCUAUUCCUGCUCCCCAAAAGAAGCUUCGCGUGCUGCCAAAGAAACCUUCAACGACCCUGGAAGCCGUAAAGGAGGAAGUGGAGGAGUUGGCUGCCCCCAAGGCUAAGAAGCCACGUGCCCCCAAACCGAUGCCCAAGCCCAAUUCAAAGAAAUCCCAGAAACUGCAGCUGCGCGGCAAGGGAGCUGCUGGCAAAAAGAAGGUCUGGCAACGCUUCGUUAUCGACUGCUCCUGCCUGGUGGAGGAUCUGUUGAUGGACCUGGUCGAUCUGGAGAAGUACAUGAAGAGUCACAUCAAGGUAAACAUGCGCAUCAACAACCUGGGCGACAUGGUGAACUUUGAGCGCCCCAAGUCCACCAUGCUGGUCAUCAACAGCUGCACGCACUUCUCGAAGCGCUACUUCAAGUAUCUGACCAAGCGAUACCUCAAGAAGAACAGCCUCCGCGACUGGGUGCGAAUGGUGUCCACCGCCAAGGAUACCUAUGCCAUGCUCUACUUCAAGAUCCAGAACAAGGACUCGGACGAUGACGACGAUGUGAUUGAUAUGAAGUAGUAAAGCCAGAAAAUUUAUGUAUUCCCGAUUGAAACAUGUUUCUCUUUUUUCAACUGAAGUUUUCCAAUAAAAACAAGGUUUUCAUAUUCA